GUGGAGGUCAUUCAAAGAAUAUGUUAAAUACUGAAAGUGUAGAGGAUACAAACCUGCACCAGCAGUCUUCAGUAAGGGCCUAUGAGUCAGAACCAGCGUGUGCAAAUCUUAUGGAUUCAGACAGCAUGGACAUAUUGCAAGAGACUAUUAUAAAUGAGGUGCAAAACAUUUAUACUAAUACAUCUGAAGAUGGAACCAGCUGCGCUGAGCAGACACUUCAAGCAAAUACAGAAACACUGUUAGCACAUGAGCUUUUAGCAGCUACUAAUGGAGAAAGUGUUUCUGGAAGUCCUAAUAAUUCUACCAGUGGUGUACUAAGCACCAUUGAACAAAAGGUUCCACAACCAGAGAAAGGAGGGAGGAUUCUGCUUAAUGCAGAAGAAAGUGUUGAAGGAUGUCACAUUGAAACUGAAAAUGCUAGUAGUUUAGAGAUCGAGCCUAUAGCUUUACAGGUCGAUGGAAAGGACAGACUUCAAAUUAGACAAAAGAGAGAGGAUCUUCAGGAGACCAAUUCAAAAGCAGAUUUGCAUUUUGAUGAAGGAGUGUUUGCUGGAGUAAGUGGAACAGAAGGCACUGACAAAAAUGGAGAAGAAGGAAAUGCAAAGACCAACGUGCUUUCUCAGUUUACUGAGACAGAAGUAGUCCAAACUAAAAGAGUAAGAUUAGACCCUCAGGAGACAAGCCAAAAGGCAGCCUCGUAUUCCUGUAGCAGCAAAAACAAACUUUCAUCUAAUCAAUCACAAUUCAGUCAAGCAACAGAACAGCAAACAUCCAAGAAAUCAGGUGAAAAAAAGAUGAAAAAGAAGAGAAAUGCAAAAGGGGAAACUCAGCUGCAUAUUGCUGCUAGGAGAGGAGAUUUGUCUUUGGUGAAAACUCUAAUAUCAUCUGGAAUUUGUGUCAAUGAACAGGACUAUGCAGGUUGGACAGCAAUUCAUGAAGCUUCUAAUGGUGGAUUUACUGAAGUGAUCUUAGAAUUACUGAAAGCUGGUGCUAAUGUUAACAGCAGAAGUCUGGAUGGUAUUUUGCCAAUACAUGAUGCUGUUUCUGGCAAUUAUUUGGAGGCGGUCAGGAUUCUACUACAGCAUGGAGCAAAUCCCUGUGAGAGGGAUGGUUCAGGGAAAAGUGCUUUGGAUGAAGCUUGUGAUGAUGAAAUGAAAGAACUGCUGAAGUCUUACAGUGCUAUGGACUCUGUACUUCCUGUUGAGACUACUGAAGUUACAGAGAGGACAUAUCCUUCUAGGUCAAGAAGAUCAAAACGUCGUUGUUACGACUGCUGUAAAAAUGAUGAUGCAGCUUUGGAGCCACAACAUGGGAAAUACAGUGUGGAGUCUGUUGCUACCAUACAAGAUGCAGAAGAGAAGCAAAAAGAACUGUUGCUACUUGAAUUGAGAACUUCCAGAGAUGCAGAUGUAUACAUCCAAAGGCUGUCUCAGAUGCAAGAUACUUUGAAUGAAAUGCUUGCAAAACAGAAAACAGAAAGGGAUACACUUGCUAAAAAAUAUAGGGCUUCAGUGGAAUCUUUUAAAAAAGGAGCACUGAGGAAACAAUUAGUUAACCUUGCUUCUAGGCAAAAGAGUCUGUUGACUGUUGCCCAAAACCAGGAAGAAUUAGUCCAAAAAAUACAAAAUUACAGAAAAACAAAGCAAGUGUUCAGUGCAUCAUGUUCAGAGAAGCAAAUCUCAAACUUAGUUAUUUCCUGUGGAAAUGAUAAAAGACAAAUUUUAACUGCUGAUGAAAUCAUGUCUCCUGAUGUAGUUACAUUUAGUAUGGGGCUUGGUGCCAGUAUGCCUAAUGGAAACAGAGUAGAAGCACAUCUCUCUUUAGAAAAUAGAUUUUCAGCUCAGGAAUGCAGCCAACAUCCACACAUCUGCUUGGAUGAGACAGGAGCAAAUAAAGAAGCAAUUAGAAGCAAAGAGGCUUCUGAUCAUGCUUUGGCAUCCGAAAACAGGGUAAGAGAAUAUCCCUUCGACAACAUGACAAAGCUGACAAAUGCUGCAGAAGUGGUGACAUUGCCUUCAGAACCUACUGUUUCCACUGCUAAAACAAAGUGCUCACAGCAAAAAGACAUUGAUUGUGUAGCAAUUGCAGAACAAGGAAACAAGUCUUUAAAGGCCAUUUCAGUGACCAAUGCAUUAAAUAUUGUAGAACCCCAAAGCACUGUUGUCAAUAACAAUGUCUGUCAGCCAGGCAGUGACUGCCAGCAGGUUCUUACAGAUGAGAAUCUACACAGAUAUGUAAAUAAGAAAGAAGCUUUCCAGCAGCAGCAGCAGCAAGUAAUUUUGUCAACAUCUGCAAAGAACUUCCCUAAUAGUCUGCAGCAAAUGAUCUUUCAGAGUAGUGAGAAUUCAUUUAAUGCCAACUCGGUGCUUACAAAUCUUACCUCAAAUACAGAUGAUCCAGUAAACCUGAGUGAGAAAUCUUCCCAGGGCUACAGUAAUCAGGAAUGUGAACAAAAACAAGUGAGGUAUGGAAGAAAAAAUAGGAAAAAGCUUCAGUUGAUAGAUCUACUUGAAUCGGGAAGGAUUAAGCCGGGAGAAAAUGUUUUAGAGUUCAAACUGCAGGAAUUUAGUCAUAAAGCCACGCUCUUAAACAAUGGCAAGAUCAGAACCAGUAAGAGACAAAUACUUCAGAAUCCAGUUGAGUGGGUUAAAGACCUAUUAGGAAGUGAUAUUUCUGUGACAUGGAAGUAUGUGUGGAAUAAGGUUACAUAUCUUGGGACACAGUUGUCAAAAUUUCUUGUUGAAGAAGUGUCAGUUUCUAGUGACCUGGAAUUACCAUCACAAGAAAGAGAGCCUUUGGAAGUUGUGAAAACAUUGCUGUGUGCUGAAAGAGAAGCAGCUGUUACCAGGGAAUUUAAAAGCUCUUCUGUCCAGUUCAACUCAGUUGGAAGUCUGACACAUUUUCUUCAAUUCAGUGAGAUAAUAAUGGUACAUAAAGAGGAGUUUCUACCAUACCCUGUAAUGGAGAAGCACUGGAGUUUCUACAAAGGAUGUGAAAGUUUUGGAUUCUAG